AUGUUCUCGAAGCACACGACUUACAUUGUAAUCACAAGUCCAGGUGACGAUCCCGGUACACUCGAGAAAAUUAAUGCGACGGCUCCGGUUUGCAUUAGAUUUCGUCUCGCCAUCCACUCAAAGGGUCGUUUCAUUCUUAGGCUCAGUACCCAGCUCAAUGCUCCAGUUAAAAGGAGUGUGUGUGUCGUGGACAAAUGGUUUUCUCGACCGGUCGUGGGCCUCAACUCGACAAGCUACCGCAUGAAUGAUAAGCUGAGGUUUUUCAUCAUUCAAGGGACCGUGACCAAGUCAACCUGUCAAGGUCGCCUGGCAACUGUCGGUCUCAAACGGAGCGCGCAUGUACACCGGGUACUCUCGGGAAGACAUGAGCUUCGCCAGCACAGCGAAGGUACACGACUCAAGUCGGGUGGCACAACAUUUUUGCGGCCUUGA